CUUCUGCUACUUUUUCCUCUCCAAGUUCUCUCUCUCUGUCUCUCUCUCUCUAAGGCCUCUUAUUACUUAACCUACUCUUUCUCUCUCUUGCAGCUCAGGAAGACAACAGUCAAUCCCAAACCAAGAAAGAACCCCACAAACUCUUAGUCCUAGUAAGGUCCAAACUCCAAACCCUGCAAAAAAAAUUUAGACCCUUUUUCUUUCUCUCUCUAAAACAAUAGGGUUAUUAAGAGAAACAAAGAAAGAUAGAUGGGGUUGAUGAAUCACACUUGAACCCAACCAAAAAAAAGAAGACCCAUCAAACCCCACCCCUUAUCCCCACUCCCCCACAUCCCCACCAAAUGGAACUAACAGAUUUGCAAACCAACAAACAAAACAACAACAACCCUCACCACCAUCACCACCACCACCACAACCUCAAUCAAAACCAACACCAACACCACCUCCAUCAAAAUCAGUCCUCUUCUCAUCUUCCAAUAUCUUUUGAUGGCAGAUCAGGAGGACCACCCUUCAUGGGCUCAAUCUCCAUCCAAGCUGGACUCACCUCCACAACUCAUGGUGGUGCCUCUUCCUCCUCUUCCUCUCUAUCCACUUCCUCCUCUUCCCCUUCCUCUUCUUCCUCCUCCACUUCCACCUCCAUAGACGCUUCCCUCGCCAUCGCCACCAGAUCCGACUCACACCCCUCAACCCGAUCCGUUCCCUUACUCGACUCCAUAAAAAAGAACCCAUCUCCAUCACAACAGCCUCAGCAACAACAAUUGACAAUUGCAACAAUUGCUACGACCGCCACUGCAACGACAACAACAGCUAUUACAACAACCAUAACACCAACAGCCAAGCGAUCCACAAAAGACCGACACACGAAAGUAGAUGGCAGAGGACGCCGUAUCCGAAUGCCAGCCACCUGUGCCGCGAGAGUCUUCCAAUUGACAAGAGAAUUAGGCCACAAGUCCGAUGGCGAAACCAUAGAGUGGCUGUUACAACAAGCUGAACCAGCAAUUAUCGCCGCAACAGGUACUGGUACAAUCCCAGCAAAUUUUUCCACUCUCAACGUCUCGCUUCGUAGCAGUGGCUCUACUCUCUCAGCUCCUCCUUCAAAAUCAGCACCUCAUUCUUUUCAUGGCGCUUUGGCUCUUGCCCACCAUCCUUACCAUGAAGAAGGGUUUACUCAUCCAGCUUUCUUAGGCUUUCAUCAACACCAACAGCAACAACAGCACCAGCAGCAUCUAAUGACAGCAGAUCAAAUAGCAGAAGCGCUUCCGAGUGGUGGUGGUGACAGUGGUGGAGGUGGAGAUUCUACUGAGAAUUACAUGAGAAAGCGGUUUAGAGAAGAUCUAUUCAAAGAAGAUACUCAACCAAAUGAAAGUGGUGCUAGUGGUAGUGGCGGUGGUGGUGAUGAUGAGUCUCCAAAUAAAUAUUCCAAGAGUGGCUUACAAAUAUCCAAACAGCAACAACAACAGGAUUCUGUUACGGCAGGAUCUUCGGGGUUGCUUAGGCCUUCGAAUAUCCUGCCGGCCACUGCCAUGUGGGCAGUGGCGCCAGCACCAACUAGCGGUACCGGCAGCACGUUCUGGAUGCUGCCAGUCACCGCUGGUGGUAGCGGUGGACCAUCCGUGGCCACCGCUACUUCUGGUGCUGGUCCAUCAGAAUCUUCUCACAUGUGGACUUUCCCAGCAGCAACGAGUGGGAACACAUUGCAAGCGCCAUUGCAUUUUAUGCCGAGGCUUAAUUUUCCGGGUAGUCUUGAAUUCCAGCAAGGGAAUAAUAGUAAUAGAGGGAGUCCAUUGCAAUUGGGUUCUAUGUUAAUGCCACAGCAACAACAACAACAACAACCUUCUCAGCAUCUUGGACUAGGAAUGUCUGAGUCAAAUUUGGGAAUGUUGGCUGCUCUUAAUGCUUACUCUAGAGGUGGAUUGAAUAUGAAUUCUGAUCAUCAGCAAAAUCAUCCUUUGGAGCAUCAUCAUCAUCAUCAUCAUCAUCAACAACAACACCAGCAGCCUCAAGCUACUGAUAGUGGAGAUGAAGACCCAGAAAAUUCUCAGUGACAAUUCUGAAUUAAAUACGAGUUGGAUUUGGAAGUUGGGUUUGUUUUGCAAAUGGAUCAUCGUCGUCUGUGAGUGAAGAGAGAUUCCUAGUUCUCAUUGUAGUGUUCUUUGAAUUUUUUGAGUUUUUUUUUUUUUUUUUUUUUGGGAUUUUACUAGAUUGAUGUGAAGUUUGAGAUGUAAUUUGUUAGUUUGGUCCAAAGGGACUAGAGGAAACAGGCAGAGAGAUUGUAUAGGAGGAUCAAUAUUUGUUCGUGUUUGUUUACUAGUAUUGCUAUUUGCUUUGUUUGUAUGAGAAAAUGGUAAAGAAGCAAAAUGAAAAACGAACAAAAGGAAUUGAAAGUUA